AUUCAAAUAUACAUUAAGUUUAAAGUAUUUUGCUAAAGAUUUUUAUUUUUUAUUAAAUUUGUAUCAGUGACAAAUAUGCAGUUGGCAGCUACAAGGUCAUUCACAAGAUUGCUCUGCAGGCCAGAGACACUUCUACGUUGUAUGUCCUCAGCAUCAGCUGGAAAAUUAACUACAGUAGAAGUAAAUGAUAAAACCGGCGUAGCCGUUUUGACCAUGAACCGUCCACCCGUAAAUGGUUUGAAUUUAGAAUUGUUGCGUGACAUACACAAUUCGAUUGAGGAAAUUGAAUCGAACAAAUCUCGUGGAUUAAUCUUGACAUCGUCUUCCAGCACAAUAUUUUCUGCCGGUUUGGAUAUUAUGGAAAUGUAUAAACCCAAUCAAGAUAGAUUAAAAGAAUUUUGGACUACUUUACAAGAUACCUGGUUGGCUUUGUAUGGCUCUAGUGUACCAACAGCGGCUGCCAUAAAUGGUCACUCGCCUGCUGGAGGUUGUCUUUUGGCUACCAGCUGUGAAUAUCGUGUUAUGUUGCCUAAUUACACAAUUGGCCUUAACGAAACCAAAUUGGGUAUAGUAGCACCUAAAUGGUUUAUGUACGCCUUUUGUAAUGUCUUGCCUCGUCGUGUUGCUGAAUUGGCCUUAACUCAAGGCAAAAUGUUUAGCAGUGAGGAAGCUCUUAAAGCGGGCCUUGUCGAUGAGUUAGCACAAACAAAGGAAGAAGCUUUGGCUAAAUGUGAGCAAUUCUUUGGCACUUUUGCAAAAACUAAUCCCUUUGCUCGCGCUAUGACCAAACAACAAUUCCGUUCAAAAGAUUUACAACAAUUCGAAGAUGAAAGAGCACAAGAUUUAGAAGCUUUUAUAUUCUUUAUUAAUCAGCCCAAUGUACAAAAAGGUUUAGGCCUUUAUUUGGAAAGUUUAAAGAAGAAAUCCAAGUGAAACACGAGACUGAAAUAGAAAAAAAGUUCUGAGAAUCCUAUAUUAUUUUUAAAUGCAUUUAUUUGUAUAUUUUUAUAUAGAUAAGAACACACAGUUAUAAAAAGUAUAUAUUUGAAUUAAAUGAAUUAUUAUGUUAA